AGACAUUAUGUGCAGAUGUGGAAUAAAUAUUUUUUAAAAGAUUUCCGUGUGAUAACUUUAAUGAAUAUGGCGCUGACGAGCUGUGUUGUAUUGUACAUUCUACUCCCUAUGGCUGUUUUUGCAAUAGAAAUACAUGACAGCUUGGAUAAAGUAGACAAACCAAGAAGUAGAACAGUUAUAAUUAAGUAUGAAGGAACUCAGGACGAAGUGGAAGAUUUUGGAAAGGGACUAGGUUUAGAAUUUCACAAAAAGGCAUUUGGAGAGUGGUACAUUUUCAGAAUUCCACGGUCUUAUAUCAACUCUCUUGUCCCAAUGGAUGUUCCAGAUCUUCAAAUAAGUCUGAGUAAAGCCAAAAGAAUGGACAGUAAUGUAAAAUACAUAGAACAAGAGAAGUACCGGAGACGUUCUAAAAACCAACUGACAAUUAAUAACAAGGAAUGGCCAAACCAAUGGAAUAUGCAACCAACACAUAGACCGAAUAUGAACGUUUACAAAGCUUGGGAAAUGGGUUAUACCGGAAAAGGAAUUGUCGUUGCCAUAAAUGAUAACGGGGUUGAUGGUAAUCACCCAGAUUUGAUUAAUAACUACAACUUUUCCUUAAGUUAUGAUUUCUUAAAUGAAGUCGAUGAUGCAUCACACAAGAUCGAAGGCGAAGGUCACGGCACCAAAUGUGCGGGUCUCGUGGGCGCUGUACAAAAUACAAAUUGUAUAAUUGGGACAGCAUACAAAUGCACACUGAUAGGCUUUCGAUCGCUUAAUGAAAUCAGCUCGACACUGUCUAUAGAAGCUAUGUCACUGACACACAAUUAUGAAUAUAUUGACAUCUAUAGUAACAGUUGGGGUCUUAUAGACGAUGGCAUUCGCAUGGAAACUCUUGAUCCAAUUUUACAGGACGCAUUUGAGCUAACAAUAAAAGAGGGACGCGGUGGUAAGGGUACAAUUUAUACAUUUGCAUCUGGAAAUGGUGGACUAGCCGAUAGUUGCAAUGCCAACCCGUAUUGUGGAAGCAUGUAUACGAUUUCCGUCGCUGCAGUCAACGAAAAUGGAGCUCGCACUUGGUACAGUGAACCUUGUACAUCCACACUUGUAGCAGCAUUUAGCGGUGAUGAUGGUUUACUCAACAUUACAACAACUGGCCCCAACGCAACCUGUGUGGAUGAUUUUGAUGGAACAUCUGCAGCAACGCCACAGGUGUCUGGUAUAAUUGCUUUGACUCUUGAAGCUAACCCUGAUCUGACCUGGAGGGAUGUGCAACAUAUGCUUGUAGAACUGUCGAAUAAUUCAGCACUAGACCAACAAGAAAAAGAUUAUUUCUAUUAUACAAAUGGAGCCGGGAAGAAAGUUAGCCUUUACUUUGGGUUUGGCUUAAUUGAUGCGAAAGCAAUGGUUGAAAACGCACCAAAUUGGUCAUCUUCACCACCUAGAAUAUCCUGUAGCACCGGCGAUAUCUUCAUUGAUAGGUAUGAGACAAACGCAAAGGAAUUCAAUGAGAAAUCCAUAAUCUCAAAUUGUUACAUUAAAUAUCUUGAACAUCUUGAGGUGUUUAUAAACUACAACACCUCUUAUCGAGGUGAUGUGGAAAUUUACCUAAUGUCUCCAAUGGAAACUGAAAGUUUGCUUCUUUCCAGACGUGAGUAUGAUAACGUAACGGAGUAUACAUCAACAAUGUUCAUGUCUGUUCAUAACUGGGGUGAAGAUCCGAAUGGGGAAUGGACCCUAAUAAUUUAUCCUGUCAAUGAGGGCAUAGACUUGCACCUAGUCGAGUGGGGUAUUGAUCUAUAUGGUACUGCUACAAACCCCGCAGAUGGAAUUCCUCCAGAUGGCACGUUUGGAAGCCCAUGUGACAGUUCACAUGAUUGUAAUUCAACAGUCAAUGGCGGCUGCUUGGUAGAUAUGAACAAUCUAUGCGACAACAUAUGUGUACCUUGUGAAAAUGGAUACCACUUAAACGGCGAAUUUUGCGAAAAAGAUUGUCCACCUCUAUUUUCUAUCGAAGACGGAAGCGUUGCAGUCAGAUCUACAUCUGAAGGUCUUAUUGCUGAAUACGAGUGUGAUGAUGGGUUGACAAGGGUUGGAGGCGAUCGAGUAAGACGUUGUGGAAGCGAUGGUGUUUGGACAGGAGAAGAACCGUAUUGUGACAUAGUCUGUAGAACUUUAUAUAAUCCGACAAAUGGAGAAGUGUUUCUCAAUGGAACAGUGUACGGCUCAGUGGCAGAGUUUACCUGUAACGAUGGUUAUAACCUUACUGAUGGAGAUGAAAUGGUGACUUGUGAUGAAGAUGGCGAGUGGAAUGGAACUAUACCUGUAUGCAGAAAAGCUUGCAGGACGCCUGAAAGUCCAAUGCACGGGUCUGUUAGUUAUAAUGACACAUUUGAAGACUCACGUGCUCAAUUCACUUGUGAUGAAGGAUAUAUCCUAAUGGGUGAAGCUACUGCAAUUUGUCAGACGGACAGCAAAUGGUCUUCAGCUGAACCGAUGUGUGUAAUUGAUUGCGGAACGCCGGAACAGCCGGUUAAUGGCACGUUAGUGUUCCGGAAAACCACGGAGGGAGAAGAAGCCGUUUAUUUCUGCUUUAAAGAUUUCAAACUAGACUCGGGCAAACUUGUAAGAGAAUGUGAAGCCAAUGGGAACUGGUCAGGAGAUGCUCCAACAUGUGUUCCAAAAGAUGUUUCGAUGGCGUCUAAAGGUAAGUGUUUAUUAACUUAAAACUUAGAUGAUACAAAAAUAUAGAGGAGUUUCCGUUACGAUUUUCAUUAUAAACUAUGUUUAAUACCACGUUUUAUUAGUAUAAGAUUUGUUUUUGCCUUG